AUGGUGUCACCACAAGCUGUACGUCGCUGGGUCAUUACUGGUGCCGUCACUGCAAUCACCGUAACUGGGUCAAUCUACGGCGCAACCUUGAGAAGCGACCAACAAGCCCAUGAGGUGAAAAAGCGUGUCCUGCAAGCGACCCCUGAAGAACGCAUAGCACAACUUGAGGUAGCACGAUCAGAACUGGUAUCAAGGAAGAAUGAACUCGAGAGGAAAUUGAAGGAGGUUUCGGCGCGGCGUCUGGCGAAGGAGAAGGGCCUGAGUCAAGAGAAAUGA